AUGGGCGAUUCUAAUGGCACCGUAAGCAUAAGGAUUGACAAUUAUGUGAGCGGUGGUGAUGGUAGCGCUUGUGGACAAACUACUGGCCCUACAGGUCACAGGGAGGCUGUAAUACAAUCGACUGAACGAUUACAAUACUCGUCACACAAUAGGGAUACAAGAAAUGCCAGCAAAAGCCCAGGCGUUACAGUGAAUGCUAGUCUAGUGUCCACAAUACCAGUGCCUCCAACGAGAACUCGCUCUACAGUCUCAGCCGCACCGAGAGAUAGAGACAGAGAGAAGCUGUUUAGCGCUGACAAGAGCACCGCCAGUGGUGUCUGUACUGCCAGUCCUACCAAUACUACCAGCGCUCCCAAUACUGGUAACGCAAGCUGGAAGAGCUGCGCAGACAUCUAUGGCUAUGCCAUUGGGAAUGGGCUGCAAGUAGGGCGAGGUAGGCAUCGACAGCAUAAGACUGCAACCACCAUCACUGAUUCACAUAGGCCUGUGAGCAGUGCAUUGGCAGCACCAGUAGUACCAGUCUCUCGGAGUGCCUCCAAUUCCGCGUUUGACAACAAAGCCUUUUCAUGUGAUGGCGAACCGAUUGAUGUGGAUGUGGGUCAGCCUCGCAACCAAGUCUGUCAUGACUGUCACCAGCCAUUCACUCCCGAUCACCGCAAACGCCUCCACCAGUGCCCCCCUCCAGCCACUACCUGUGCCCCCAGUGACGCGCUCGUAGCCAUAGCCAACCACUCCAAGAGUCAUUGUUUUCUAGAGAACUCUAUAGACCACAAGAACUCUGAUUAUAUGAUAACUCAUCCGACAUCCCGACCCUCGCGAUCGUCUCGAUGUUCCAGCCGUUCCUCAGUUGUCAAACACAUCGGUAUAUUUUACUCGGAUUUGUAUGAUGUCUUCAAAGCCAUGAGAAGCAGCGCCAGUACUGCUCACACCACCACUCAUAGCAAUACCAUCACUACCACCAACACUAGUAGUCAUGAUAACAAUAACACCAAUAUCAAUAUCAGUGGCGGUUCCGAAGAACCCACGCUCUCGAGUGCUCAAUCACCACAACACACCUGUGCGGCCAGCCAUCAAAAGGCUAAGAUAUCGGCACCAGUAUUGCUCCAGAAUGAGCACCUCAUCAGACUUCACGUCCCUGUGCCACAGCCAACCCAACCCCCACCACCACCACAACCCCACACCACCACUCCGUGUCACCAAUCGAGUCAACAUCUGGUGUCCGGACAGACAUCGGUGCGAAGUCCUCCUCAGACACACAUCCGUUUGAAUGAGAAUCAGGUCCACGACUUGCCUGAUAUACUCAACUCACACCUGCCCCCUCCUCCCUACUCCACACUCCCACCCCCUCCCCCUCACGGCAUCCAAUUACCCCCACUCUCAUCAUUGCCACCAUUAGCUCCGAUCCGUGCGCCGCCACCCCCUCCACCGCCGCCUCCAUUACCCUUGGGUCGACCGCCGUUGCCAUCUCGACGUAUAUUACACACACCGUCGGGUGCUUUGGGUCACUGUUCGCGACCAAACUAUUUGCGGCAAACGUGUACUGUUAGUGAGACUGAGACCUCGGCUUCAAAGACAUGUCUUUCAUGCAACGGAGUGUCCAUCCGAUGGUUUAUUUUGUUGAUCGCAUUCAUAGGACUUUUGUGCUCAAUAGUUGGCACCAUUUUGGGUGCUCUCCGGUCCACGGGUCGGGAACACCUCACUCUGGCCCUCCUUAUGAUCGGUGUUGGCAUUAUUCUGAUAACUGUGAGUGGGAUCGCAUGGAGGUUGACAUCGACAGGUCCGACGUGGAGGUCACUGCUAGGCCUCCAUGAGCUCCAUCAGCAGCAAUCGCUAUGUAAUGGCAGCUCUAUUACUGACGCCACCCGUCGUUUUGUGCCGCGAGUUCCGCCGCCGUAUGGGCGCACCGGUACACACCAUCACCCAUACGGCGCUAUGUUUUACCCGGAGUUCCAGUACAGACCGCCUCCCCCUUCAUACCAGGCGUCGAUGCAGGAGUACCGGCUGAGACUACUGCUGCUGGACAGGUCGUCCUCCCGCCAUCAGUCUACCUCACUCUCGCCCGUCUCACCCCCGCCUACCUAUCGGUCCUCAGCCGCAUCCAGUCCUAUGACCGACAGGCACUCACUCCCCCCGCCAUCCCAACCGCCGCCACCAUCGCAGCCAUCAGUACCCCCACAGCCAUCCCAACCAUCAUCACCGCCACAAUCAUCUCAACCACAGACAACUCAUUUCGUCUGAUACUCAUCACAUCAUGUGCUGUAAAGUGUAUUAAAUACCAGAGCCUUAUCACACAUUUUAGGGUCUCUUCAUUAUUAAAGUCGACAUAAUGUGUAGUAAAUAAUAAAUAAGAUUAUAUAUAAUUGCAUACAAAUGUCAAAUGUAUUUAAAUAAUAUGUUUGUAUUGUUUCCAAACCUAAAGUCAACGC